GGGGGGGCAAGGGGCGGCGAUGGCGGCCGGGGGCCCUUUCCGUUUCCUGCCGGCUCGGCUCCGCUUCCCCGCCGACCACCCCUUCUUCGAGGACGGCGACGUCCACCGGCACCUGUACCUGCGAGAGGCGCUGGCGAGCGCCGCGGAGGCCCCCGAGAGGCCCCGCACCGCUGAGGUCUUCUGCCACGUUGCUGGGUGCCGCCAGGUUUUCGACACCUUGGAGAGUUACGAGCAUCACUACAACAUGCUGCACAGGAACGUCUGUUUGUCUUGCAAGCGAUCCUUCCCUUCAGCACAUUUGCUGGACGUUCACAUCCUGGAGUGGCACGACGCACUCUUCCAGAUCAUGGCAGAGAAGCACAACAUGUACCAGUGUUUGGUAGAGAGCUGUCCGCAGAAGUUCAAGAGCAGCAAAGACCGCAGAGAUCACUUAGUCAACGUUCACCAGUACCCAUCUGAUUUUCGCUUUGAUAAACCCCUCAGAUCUAAAAGCGCAAAGGCAACACGGCCUCAGCCAAGGGAGAGCAAUGUGCCAAUGGACGUGAAUGCAGAGGACUGGGCACAGCCAGCAGCGGACGCCAUGGAAGUAGGUCCUAGCGAGAGCGCAGCGGAGAGCAAGCCCCUGCCAGGGAUGGCGAGCGCUGUGGACCGCCCAGCGCCUGAGCGGCAGCUCUGCAAACCCAGAAUCCCGCCCACCAUUUGUUUUGGGCAAGGGGCCACUCGUGGCUUCAAAGGCAAGAAAAAGAAGGCCUGAGGGGUGUGGAGCCCAUCAAGAGCCCCUGGAGCACCGAGAAGCAGCAAGCUGUGCCAAGACUACGGCAGAAGGGCAUUUGCCCGGGGCAGGCAGGCAGGCAGGCAGGCAGGCAGGGGGAGCGGCCUGCCCUUUGACCCUGAGCAGAGGCAAAGCGGGCCCCAGCAUGGGAAAGCCUUGGACUCCCUCACGGGAGCCUGUGAAUCGGGUGCGCCACCGAGGAGCUGCCGUCUUCUACCAGAAGCUGCUCCUGGAGUCCAGCCUCGUUCCAUAAACCUAGCAGUGACAAGGAUGGAUGUGGAGGGGGAAAGUUUUCCAGGUCCUUUUAUAAUAAAAUGCUCAGCAUUGCUGAAUGAUGAGAAA